AUGAGCCUCACAGUGACUUGCAAAGCCUUGCUUCUGGACAGUGUGCCUUUUCACUUCCAACUGGCAAACUGGGCUCAGAUCACUGUGCUGAGGGCAAUCCUUCAAUACCAAAAAGACAAAGAGAAGCAGAUGGUGCUGAACCCAUUCACUGGUAAAGCUGAGAGUGUGCCCCCACUGUCAAACUACUGGAACUGGAUCCAUUGUAUCUGGAAGGCCAAGAGACAAUUGUAUCUGGAGUCUGCAGAUGAAGAGGCAGUCAAGGAGGCAGUGGGGGAGGUGUAUAAGUGGCAGGCAGAGACAACCACCAUGGGGUUGUCCAGAGGGCAGGUCCUUGAGCAGGAUGCCACUGGGCCUGCAACUGGGGAGGGUGAAGAAGAUGGAUCAUAUUAUGAUGAAGGGGAUGAAGGGGAUGAGGUGGAUGAGGUGGAUGAGGUGGAUGAGGUGGAUGAGGUGGAUGAGGUGGGUGAAAAUGAGGAUUGA